CUGCCCUCUUGUCGUCACGCUAUCCUUUAUACACUCCGUACCAGCCGACUGGAGCACCGACUCCCUUGAAGCCUACACUAAAUAUAAACCAAGCUUUUGUGGAUAUAAGUGGGUUAUUAAGAAAAUGGCUACGGAUAACUAUGAAAUGAACGGUGAUGCCGAUCGAAACGGAGAGGCGGAGGUCCCGCUGCGAGACCAAGGGAGGAGGCUACAGGGGCCUCUGAACAUGAACCAUUAUGCCAAUAAGAAGAGCGCGGCAGAGAGCAUGCUGGAUGUAGCUCUACUGAUGGCUAACGCCUCACAGCUGAAGGCUGUGCUGGAGCAAGGACCCGUCUUCACCUUCUAUGCCCCCCUUAUUACUCUCAUUAGCAUCUCCCUCAUCCUACAAAUAAUAGUGGGUGUUUUGCUCCUCUUCAUAGUUAAGUGGAACCUGAAUGAUCAAAGCAUGCACUACAAGCUGAACAUCUUGGAGAAUGUUACCACAACCUUUGUCUUUCUCAUAGUCGUGGUUAACGUCUUCAUCACAGCCUUUGGUGUACAGCGGCCCAACCCGAGUUCUUGAUCACCCUUUACACAACUCUACAUGCCUGCUGAUCAACUAUGUAAAGAAGAACUUCCACAUUAUUCGUACAAAUAUGCAGAAUAUCUAUUCCCCAAACUAAGUGGCAUUGCACAUGCACUUCUAUUUUUGUUGAAGUCCUAGGCAUGAGGCUGUGUGUGUGUGUGUGUGUGUGUGUGUGUGUGUGUGUGUGUGUGUGUGUGUGUGUGUGUGUGUGUGUGUGUGUGUGUGUGUGUGUGUGUGUGUGUGUGUGCGUUUGUUUGUGUUCCCUUCCCUUUCUCUGACUUUGGACAAAUGUUCGGUCUGUUUUUAUUUCAUGUGGCUAUCGAUGUGUUUAAUUACCUCAUCAUGCUCAGGUUGCUAAUGCAAAUAAACAACUGCCUUUACCUAUAAAAAAAAAAACAUCAGGAGCCAAAAAGUGCAUGCUACCCUUAUUUUUAAAAUGUGUCAGUAUCUGUCAGUCUAAACCAUAAGGAAUGCCAGCAGAUUACAAAAUAAAUAAAGAAUAGAAUCACAAUAGCAUAAUCCAAAAGACAUCCUUAAUAGUAAAUGCAUCAUGGACCAUGCUGUUCAUGAGGCAUUACAUGAUAUAAAAGCUUUAUUACUUUUUUUAUUUACAUUUUUAAAGUUUACACUAUCAUAAACCUCAACCAAUCAAAUGAAGUGGACCUUACAUACUCUGUUUUGUGUGCUGUUCAAAGCCUUUUGUGUGUUGUCUUGUAUAUGUUAGUUCAAAACAUUCAAUUACUGCAGUAUAUAGUGUAUGCGGUUACUUUUAGGCAUUUUUUAAUCACUUUUUUAAAUGACCAUAUAUUUCCAAAGCUUUACAUGACCUUGUAUUACACACUGUGACUUACAUUUUAUAAAUAAAACUUCAGAACAUUAUAA